AUGUCGACUCUCUACGGUCCAUUCCAUCGCGUCUUGUCUCCGACGCAGUCCCACGAAGUAGCAGAGCUUCAGGUCCAAUCUCAGGAAGUGUGGGGACGACCUCGUCGUGGCAGCGAUAUUCCACAAGUACAAGCCUACACGGGGUCGCUUCCACCUACCGAAAAAGGCAUUGAGUUUGUCACUUCAGUAGCACCAGACAAGGGAACUCCGCCUGGUCAAGCAAGAUGGACGGGUCCUCGAGAAGGAGUGAUCAUCAAGGACAACUUUUGUCGAAUUCCAGUCACCAUUGUCAAAAAUACUCAAUCUACUACUGCGGAAGCCAAGAAGGAAGAAGAUGCCCUUAUGUUGGCAGCGUAG